GUUUUUCGGGACAUUUCAGUUCACAAUCUAGAUUGCAUCACACGAAAUGGCUUCAAAUAAUAUACCAGCAAAAAUAAAUAAGCUCGUAGCUUUAAAAUCAAGCACGAAAUUUCGUGAUGUUGUGAAGCCAGUUACAGAGCCCACUCCAAAACUUGGGGAUGGGGAAGUCUUGGUGAAAAACAAGUUUGUGGGCAUAAAUGCAUCAGACUUGAACUAUGCAGCUGGAAGAUACGACCCAAACGCAAAAUAUCCUCUGGAUAUUGGUUUUGAGGCAUUGGGAGAAGUUGUUGCAGCCGGAUCCAAGUCUAAAUACAAGGCUGGCCAGGCUGUCAUGUACUGCCAGUAUGGGGCCUUUUGUGACUACAAGGUUGUGGACUCAGAGAAGGUUAUUCCCCUUCCUUCAGUAAAGGCAGAGUUCUUGCCCUUUAUUCUCAGUGGAAAUACAGCAUCUAUUUCUCUCGACAAGGUUGGUGAGAUCAAGGAGGGAGAGACGGUGCUGAUUACAGCUGCAGCAGGAGGCACUGGCCAGAUUGCAGUGCAGUGGGCCAAACUGAAGGGCUGUCAUGUCAUUGGAACCUGUUCCAGCCCUGAGAAAGUCAAGUUUUUGAAGGACAUUGGUUGUGACCGACCAGUCGACUACACAAAGGAAAACUUGAGAGACGUUCUGAAGAAGGAAUACCCAAAAGGGGUAGAUGUGGUGUAUGAGACGAUUGGGGGUGACAUGUUUGACACAUGUGUAGAAAGCCUGGCUGUACAUGGACGUCUUAUAAUCAUCGGCUACAUCGAGAGCUACGAGUCUGGCAAGGGAUUACAGCCAUCGCCAACACUUGCAACACUGCCUGGGAAGCUGCUAUCUAAGUCAGCGAGUGUGCGUGGUUUUUUCCUGCCACAAUUUAUACAACACUAUGGCCCAUAUGUGAUGAAACAAAUCCAGUAUUUCAACGAGGGGAAACUGAAGAGUCUCGUUGACAACGGAGAGAAAGCCCCAGGAGGUCCGUUUAAAGGCCUGGAUAAAGUUGUAGAUGCUGUAGAGUAUUUAUUCAGCAAGAAGAGCAUAGGCAAAAUUCUUGUGGAGCUCUAGACCACAUCUGAAGCUGACCUGUGAUACAGUGCAACAAACAUUUCUGUGAUUUCACUAGUCCAUUUUUUUUAUUUUUUUCUAAUAAUUAAGAUAAGCAAUGAUACCAUUCCUUCAAUAUCGUGAUGCAUACAAACAUACAUGUAUUUUAUUUAUAAGCCAUGUCAUUGUUUGAUAUCAUUUUUUUUGUAUGUGUUCUUUUUGUUAAUAAAUUGGUGCUUUUA